GUCAUUAGGUCCUGGGGGGCAGGGGGGUCAUACCACUGUGUGGGGAUUGUGUCAAAGGUGAUCAGGGAACUCCCCCACCCCCCCCACACACACUCCAUGUUUCAGAGUAACAGCCGUGUUAGUCUGUAUUCGCAAAAAGAAAAGGAGGACUUGUGGCACCUUAGAGACUAACCAAUUUAUUUGAGCAUGAGCUUUCGUGAGCUACAGCUCACUUCAUCGGAUGCAUACUGUGGAAAGUGUAGAAGAUCUUUUUAUACACACAAAGCAUGGAAAAAAUGGUUGUUUACCACUACAAAAGGUUUUCACUCCCCCCACCCCACUCUCCUGCUGGUAAUAGCUUAUCUAAAGUGAUCACUCUCCUUACAAUGUGUAUGAUAAUCAAGUGGGCCAUUUCCAGCACAAAUCCAGGGUUUAACAAGAACGUGGGGCGGGGGGGGGGGGGGGUAGGAAAGAACAAGGGGAAAUAAGUUACCUUGCAUAAUGACUUAGCCACCCCCAGUCUCUAUUCAAGCCUAAGUUAAUUGUAUCCAAUUUGCAAAUGAAUUCCAAUUCAACAGUCUCUCGCUGGAGUCUGGUUUUGACUCACCCCCCUUCCUGCCAGGAGCGGCUAGGGACUUCCCCCUGCUGAGGGAGCCACAUGAUAAAUACUUCCUCCCCCAGCGGCUCCGAGCAGACAGCCCAGCCUGGCAGGAUGGACCCAGCCCCGGCCCGCAGGCACCCAGGUGUGAUGGGUGCUGUUCCCUGGCUCCCUCUAGUCCUCCUCUGCGGCCACUUCCAAAGCUCAGAUGCAGCUUCCAGCCUGCGCCCAGAGAUCAUCACCCCCCUGAAGCCUGUGAAAAGUCCCGCCUUGGGGAAACGCUUCAGUCUCCGCUGCCAGGCUAAGAGCCCCUUCCCGGGGAUGACCCUCAUCUACUGGCUGGCAAACGGCUCCUUCGUGGAGGACCAGUACCUGGACUUGGCAGUGUGCGAAGGGGACAUCGUAACGGAGGCCAGGGGCACCGGGGUCCUCCUGACCCGGGAGUUGCACUUCCGCUCCUUCUCCCAGCGGGACAGCAGCACCUCCUUCAUGUGCGUGGUGAGGAACCCAGCCGGGCUGGAAAAGGCACUUGUCCGCUGGGACCCUGAGCAGCCAGCCCAGGUCGCGGAGCCGCAGCAGGAGACAAGGCAGGACGUCCAGACCCCGGAGACCACCCCCAGCGUGGACUGGGCCCAGAGCAUGGAUGGAGCACAGGGACAGCAGCGCCAGCCCGCGAGAGGCAGCGAUAUUGUGCCUAUGGCUGCCAAGUGCCACUUCGCUGGCAAGGCUAUGCCAGCCUCCCUCCACGGCCAACACAGCUGAGCUGCACUCCCCCACCCGCUCUGUUCUUCCUGUGUCCGCUUGCAGCCUGGCAGGGCCGCAGCUUGGCUGCCCCGGAGGGGGAAGGCCAGAUUUAGCCCCAGCCCUCAGCUUCUCUGUUACAUUCCCCACCCCAGACCCAAGGUGCUGGUGGGGGAGGCUCCCACAGGACUUGCCCUCAGGGCAAGGGCCCAAAGCAGCAGUAACAGGGCUGCCCCCCACCCCUACCUGCAGUGUCACUCUCUCCCCUAGUGAAGUGGGGUGACCAAAGCCACCCCCCGCUGCCAACCCAGCCUAUGACCGAAGGGGGCAGCUAGCAAUGCUCUGCCUGUUAUAUGCCUAGGAGGGCGGCACCUGCUUGGGGCAGGGGCUGGGAGACCAGCAACUCAGGGCCUCUUGCUGCCAGCUCUCCACCCACUUCGCAUUGUUUUGAUUAUAUAAAAACACAAUGUUCUGCA